AUCAGUGUGAAGUAGUGCUUAACCGAGAGAAGUACUCAAGUUGACGAUUCUGCAUUGCCUACUUUUCAAUUCAGCAACUUCGGAAAUAUUUUUACCUGAGUUUUUUAAUAUUAUCAUUCGAGUAGCUACUUUAUAUCUAACAGGAGCGAGGAACAAGUUCUUAUUCUUCGUUGUGUGAUUCACUUCUGCUUGAACUUGACCAGUGUAUACCAAUCAUCACUUGAGGCUGAUAAAUUCGAGUUUCCGAAUUACUAUGCCGAUUUGUCGGUGAAAUAAUUUGGCAUCGUGUAUUUAACCAGUGAGCGUUCAACAAGAAAGCUCAUACUACAUAACUGACUGUACUCUAUCAGCCUAUAUCUAUAAGAUGCAUCAUAUUUUUCAAAUAAACUUGUGCCGUAUUAGUAUUAUACUGUUGCUUAGUUGGGCAAGGACUAUAUACUGUAUAGAAUUGGUCACUGGACCUGAGAACACGUCUGGUGUUGUCGGAAAAUCAGCUCAGUUAAACUGUCAUGUCAGGAAUAAAGAUACAGUGAACGUAGUUUGGUUUCACGUUGACUCGAAAACAUUCAUUUCAAUUGAUACGUACCUCAGUGUUAUUGAUCUUGACCGUCGGUCACGAUACCACAUCAAAUCACCACGGACAGAAGAGGAUUUUAUAUUGUUUAUGGACAAGCUAAAGUUAACGGACGCUGGAAACUACCAAUGCGGAUAUCUAGACGGAGAUCGAGGAUUCAAAAGUCUGGGUAACGCCUUGUUAACUGUACAGAAACCAUUAUUACCAGGCUCUCCUUCAUGCGAGAUCAGUUCCCCUAGGGAGAAGCCUGAUGUCGGCGACGAGAUCACACUGCGUUGUGUAGCCACUGGAAACGAGCUGCAGCCACUGCUGGCUUUAUACAGAAACGGAAUGCAGCUUAGAUCAGUAGACGAACAGUACAGUGUUGAGUAUACAUUAGUCUUGGAAGAGACCGACAUUGGAAUAGAAUUUGCAUGUGUGCUUAAAAGUCCAGAAUUCGUGGCACCACGAAUCUGUAGUAUGGUGCCAAUUGUCGUCCGUCCGGAAGUACGAAUUGUUCCAGAAAAGCAAGAGGUAUUUAAAGGAUCGGACGUUCGUUUUACAUGCGACGUAAGUUCUAGUGAAAAAAUUGUCAGUUAUAGUUGGAUACACUUACCAUUACCAGUUUUAUUAUCCAGACGUUAUAUAGAAGAAAAUAAUGGACAAGUUCUAAGAAUUUUAAAUGCGAAAGUCACCGAAAACAACACCAAGGUUACUUGCCAGGUAAGAACAGAAUCAGGUCUAACUUCUAAUGCAAAUGGUACUUUGCUAGUCUUCACGCGUCCUAGUGAACUGUAUCCACAUUCGACAACGCCAAGGCACGAUCUUUUGACAGCGAAGGAUAGAUAUAAAUCCGAUACCAGAAGCCCUAGUUACUAUGACGAGAGUCCAACGAUAUCUUCCCCAGACGACGGAUCGUCAACUACCAUUAGGCCAGUUGUGGCUAUGCUCGUUGCCGGAGUUGGUGGAAUAGUAUUCUCGUUGUUAAUCAUGGCAGCAGUAUUUGUGUUCACCAAACACGAAGAGCAAGAACUUUUGAAGAAAUUUCCACAUGUUACCAUUGAAGUUAUGGACAGACAUCAUUCAUUUCAAUCUGAGGAAAAUCCUAUCGCAACAGAAUCCAGGGUGUAUAGUAUCAGCAACCACAAUGUUCGAGAUACGUUACAGGACAUAUACCCAGUAUUUUUUGAUAAUCCAUCAUUUUCACAUUCGUUAGAAAAUAUUUUCUCAGUUGCUACAGAAGCUCGGGAAUGAUAGUUUGAUUGUCAGUUUCAAAUUCAUCCAUAAUUAAAAAGCAUAGACAAUACACAUGUGCUAGCGCCCCGAAAUGAUGGGUCGACGUCUGGACUUUCAAUCAAACGCAGUAGCUUUGAAUGUUGUGUUCAAGAGGAGAUGAGUAGUAACGGUUUUUUUAAAACUAAUCCGAAGUUAAGCAACAUUUAACAGUCUACGCCGAUUUCAUCAGGUCAGGUGAAAUGAAAAUAUUCGUAAGCCUAGUCUGGCUAAAAUGUUAAAAUUCGAUUUACAUUAAUAUCAUUAAUUUAUUGAAACUUAGAACGACAGGAUUAGGCUAAUUACUGAAAUACGGUAUACAAUGCAAUUAUGUUUUAGGAAAGGUUUGUAUGAAUGAUAUGAAUUGCCUCAGUAAAUAUACCUUCAAAUGUGAUUUUAUUCAAAACAAAAUUAAAUUAAGAAAUUUAGGAUCUUAUUAAUUAAGGAUAAUGGUCAAAACGACAAACAGUCUGCUUCAAGACUUGGAUUAAACAUCGUUAAGUUGAACGGAUGUUCGGUUUAAGGUCUUGUAUCCUGUGUAUAGGCCGAGCGGAACUGUACAUAUCAAUUAAUUUAAUGCUAUUAAUUCAUUCUAAAUAUUUGUACAUAGUACUUUCUGUUUGCUUGGAUUAUCACCAGGCGUAAUGUACCAUACUGAUUUGAAAGUGUAAAUAUAAAUUAUUGAAAGUAUUUUGAAAAUGUUGAUACUUGUUUUGUUUUUUAUCGUUAUGUGUUGACUGUUUUUCCGUUGUAGAAAUAUAUUGACCUGAAAUAAAGUAAGUAGUGUACUCUAUAUUCUGGGAAGAGGCUUAAUCAUCAGUAACAUAACUAGGCCUACAAACUGUAAUGUUUUCAGUCUGCCAUUGGACUCUGCUAUAAGCACUAUUACUGGUUUCAGCACGAGGUAUACAGACGAAACAUCUGAAAGCGUAUGUGAUCAAAUUAAACAGUUUGAUUUGAAAGUAUUUAGAUUUUGGGGAUGAUGCUCUUGCAACGUUCGUAUAUAUUAAGGAUGCUAGGCAGCAUACUCACACUUACAUGUGAAUGAUUAAAUAUGUAUUGCAGUAACUUAUAAGUGAUAUACCGUACCAACUAUUUUGAAUAUCUACAUGCAUCCAAUUGAGUCUAAUAGAAAACAUCAUUGAACGUUUUUACAAUAUUAAGUUUUCUUAUACAAAUAUUAAUUAAUUAGCGACAAAUUAUUUGCAUGAAACAGUACGGCAUAGUACACUUAGCGUCAUGAUUGACACUAUGCAUAAAGGUACCGGGAAAACUAGGAUAUAAUCAUCUUUACUAAGUCACGUAGCAUUUGAGUAUUUCCAAAUUAUUGUUAGAUCUGAGAAGUUUGAGCAUAUCUCAAGGGUGUCACAAUGGUGAUUACGUCACUUGUGCAGUUUUCCCACCAAGGGCUAUGAACGUGUAGCCCGUACUCUCCAAAGUAGAGUGCUCAUAGAAGUACCUCUGCAAUGGGUAAAAUUCUUUCCCAUUGCCCUUAAAAUUAGAAGUAUCUCGACGUUUACCAGUAAGUUUCAUGAUUGAUGAUGAAUUACAUUUAGAAAAAGGAGAACUUGAUAAUAAUCAUACACUAAGUUACUCAAAUGUAUAUCAUUGCAAAUUAUGCAAUCUCGAUGAGUUUAUAUAGAUCCAAAUUUUCAGAUUAUAGAAAGUGGACUCUGUCAAUUUCCAUUAGGAAAUUUAGAGUUUGAGUUCUUAUUAUCCUAUUCCCACUGGAAGUCUUUCGAUUCGUUAUCUCACAUGUUUCACACUAAACUCGGCUCGAUUUGAUUGGUACGCAGUUGGCAGGCUCCGUCAAUGUCUUACAGAAAACGGUCUAUAAUGCUUUUGACACCUUUAAAUCUUUAAAUUCUAAUUUUAACCAUAUUAUUGUAAACACUAUCAGUUUUACUAAAAGGUUUUGGAAAUUGAAUCUUAUAAAUAUAUUUUAAUAAAUUUGCAUAGGAUAGGGCUUUAACUCUUAAUCCACUCUGACCUUUGAAAUAGAAACUAACCAGCUUUUGAGGUGGAAAUUCUUAUUGUCAUUUUUGUUGUUCAAACUAUAGCACGUAGGCUAUCUGUGUUUAAAUAUUCAAUCAUUUUGGUAAACUUGCACUGAACCUCGUUUGCCUGGUUUGCCAUAAUAAUAAUAAUAAUAAUAAUAAUAAUAAUAAUAAUAAUAAUAAUAAUAAUAAUAAUAAUAAUAAUAAUAAUAAUAAUAAUGAUAAUUAUCAUUAUUAUUAUUAUAGUGGAUAUUUAUAAGGCGCUCAUUGUGCCAAAGCCAAGCAAGACAGAAAAAAUACGAGAGUGGGAAAAUAGAGCUAAAUGCUAACCUCUAAAAACUGAAAAUGAACUGAGCUUUGUUAGUUCGAAGAUAAUAGUGAUACCAUACUAACUGAGAGGAUAUCUGGAAAUACAAAAAAUGCAAUUGUAAAACAAUGUAACAAUAGUUUAAAGAUUUCAUUUGUGUUAAUUUAGCUCAACUCAAGCAAUUUUACUACUUUUUUAAAGAAUGAUUAAAAAAUACAAUCAUAUGAACAUUUUUAAAAGUUAUAAUGGCAUUGAAAAAUCAGUCAAAGUAAAAUUGCGGAGAAAAAACACAUUAAUAUUAUACUGCCGUGAUUCGGAAAAACGCAUUAUAUCCGUUUUUGAUAAUUUUGAGAUUUUUGGCUUAGUGGCAUCCUAUGGAUGUAAUCUGUCAUGUGAAUUGAUCAUAUACCCUAAAAAUGUUUAUAAAUAUGAAAUUAAUAUGAGAAUUACGCAUUAUAUCCAUCCACCAAAGCAAAAAAAUCCGGAAGAGUGCAUUAUAUCCACCAAGCAUUGAAAAGCGAGCAAUCAACCAAUCACAGAAGAAAAUGAUGCAUAUUUAAUUAGUUCCCUUGCUGGUGGAAGGGCAUAAUAAGGCAAAUACCAACUUUGUUUUUGAUUAAUAAUAAAAGAAGAAUGCAUUGUUCUUCAUCUUUUAAAGAAUAAGUUGCAAUAUGCCCAUGGCCAAAUUGUGGCCAUAAUAUAAAUUUUAGUCUGUAAUAUAAAUAAUUACUGUUAUAACUAAGACCAUUAAAAAAACAAAAUAAAAUACAUACAUAUCAAACUUAAAAAUGUUUUACUUAGACUUUCCAAUUAAGCCAAUGUUUAGAAUUUAGAUAUAAUACCUAUGCUAAAUUUACAUUUAAAAUAUUUAGCUAUAUUAAAAUGAGUACACUUCCUUAUAAUUUAAGGAAACAAAAAUGUAUAAUUGGGCCCGAAUAUGUGUGUUUAGUUGGAAGUUGUUAUUUAUUUUUUUGUUUAUUAAAUUGAAAGAGGGUAUUCUUCAUAGUGAAUUUAAAUAAACUGAUUAUUUAUGUUGUAAAAAA